UACAUAAACCCUGGUGAUACCAAGUUCUCCUAACACUUGCACAUCAUCCACCAGCCAAGCAUCAUCAAUUUUUAUUUUUAAUUAUUUAAACAUAAACUGAUUAAUCCUCAGUGAAUUAAUAUUUAAAAAAUAUUUUUCUUCAAAUAAAAAAGUCUGCUCUUCAGGAAGAUUAACAAAAAAAAAAAAAAAUUACAUUAAUAAACAGCUGAGACGUAGAAAAAAAAAAUCGAAAAAUGGACGCAGAUGGGUUUAAAGAUUUCGCCAAAGAAAUGACUGAUUAUAUUGCAAAUUAUCUGGAAAAUAUUCGAGACAGACGAGUUCUUCCUACUGUUGAACCAGGAUACAUGAAGCCACUAUUGCCAUCAGAGGCACCUCAAGCACCUGAAAAAUGGGAAGAUAUUAUGAGUGAUAUUGAACGAGUCAUAAUGCCUGGAGUAACACAUUGGCAUAGUCCCAGAUUUCACGCUUAUUUCCCAACAGCACAAUCAUACCCAGCAAUUGUCGCUGACAUGUUGAGUGGUGCAAUCGCCUGUAUUGGUUUUACCUGGAUGGCAAGUCCAGCAUGUACAGAGUUGGAAGUAUUGAUGUUGGAUUGGCUUGGAAAAAUGUUGGAACUUCCAAAUGAAUUUUUAGCUUCAAGUGGUGGUAAAGGUGGUGGUGUUAUUCAAGGAACAGCAAGUGAAGCAACACUCGUUGCACUUUUAGGUGCAAAAGCUAAAAAAAUACGUCAGGUCAAGGAAGAACAUCCAGAUAUGACUGACAAUGAUAUUAUUGCUAAACUCGUUGCCUACGCAUCUUGUCAAGCACAUAGUUCUGUUGAACGAGCUGGUCUACUUGGUGGUGUUAAAUUUCGUUUAUUAGAUGUUGAUUCAAAGUAUAAAUUACGUGGUGAUACACUUGCUGAAGCAAUACGUCAAGAUCGUGAAAAAGGUUUGAUACCAUUUUAUGCUGUUGCAACAUUGGGAACAACAUGUUCAUGUGCAUUUGAUAAACUUGAUGAACUUGGUCCUGUUUGUAAUCGUGAAGAUGUAUGGAUACAUGUUGAUGCUGCAUAUGCUGGAUCAGCAUUUAUUUGUCCUGAAUUUCGUUAUUUAUUAAAAGGCAUUGAAACAGCUGAUUCAUUUAAUUUUAAUCCACAUAAAUGGAUGUUAGUUAAUUUUGAUUGUUCAACAAUGUGGCUUAAGGAUCCAACUUAUGUUAUAAAUGCAUUUAAUGUUGAUCCAUUGUAUUUAAAACAUGAUCAACAAGGUUCAGCUCCAGACUACAGACAUUGGCAAAUACCACUUGGAAGAAGAUUCCGUGCAUUAAAAUUAUGGUUUGUUCUUCGUCUUUAUGGAGUUGAAAAUUUACAAAAAUACAUAAGAAAUCAUGUAACACAAGCACAUGAAUUUGAAGCACAUGUUAAAUCAGAUUCACGUUUUGAAAUUGUUGCUGAAGUAAUCCUCGGUCUAGUUUGUUUCCGUCUCAAGGGAUCCAAUGAUAUCAAUGAAAUGUUACUUAAGAGAAUCAAUGGUGCUGGUUACAUUCAUCUGGUACCAUCAAAAAUAAAUGAUACAUAUUUUCUACGACUUGCAAUAUGUUCAAGAUUCAGUGAGAGCCAAGACAUUGAUAAUUCAUGGCGUGAAAUUAAAUUACGUGCUGAUGAAUUACUUGAAGAACAAUCAGUAACCAAGUGAUGGCGGGCCCAAUUAACACGUGGAUGUAAAGCACUUGCACCAUCAACCUGCAAUCAAUCAUAGUUAUCAAUAAUUGAUAAAAUAUUUGAUCAUUUACAAUUUAAUUGUAGCCUUGAGCCAAAUUUUUUCACGUGUCAACAAUUUUAUUGGCCACUGCAAUUAUAAAAUUAUUAUUUUUUCUUUUUCUCUCUAUUUAUCUUAUAAUUAUAUCAACAUAAGAAAAAUAUCGCGUGAUAAAAUUAACAUACAAUUGCAUGUGAAUUUUAAAUUUACAAACAAUAUUCAACUAUUUAUCAACACAAUUUUUUAUAUUUUUAAUUUAAUGUAAAUAUUGUUAGUUAAUUAUUUUUUAUUUUUCUUUAUGUGUAUAUAUUUUCUUUUUUUUUUUUGUCACUUAAAGUUUGUCAUUUAUUGUUGAUAUAAAUAUUUAUUGAAUGUUGAUUUGUAUUUUAAAAUUAUAUAUUAGAAAAAUUAAAUAGAAAAAAAAUGUAAAUUAUAAUUUUUUUGGCUAAAUUGUACUGCGUUAGACAAUAACUGAUAAAUUGCUUAAAAUAUAUAGUAAAAAUUGAUGUUUGAUGGGACCAGGAAAUUAAAAAAUAAUAUUUACAUAUUUAAAAGUACCUGUUUAUCAAAGUUGCGAG